GCGGGCUCCCGGGCUCCUGGGUUGCCUCGUCAAGCCUGCCAUCCAGGCUAAGACUGCUCAGCGACAUCGAAGAGCCUGCCCUGCCCACUCACUCACUGGUCGCUAGCCCUAGAGGGAGGAAGCCGUCAGAGACAAGUUGGGAAAUACUCCUGGGCUACAUCGCCGCCGUCAGCACCAUGGACAACGCAAUCGGGCAGCCCCAGGCGCGUCUGGACGCCGCUGGCUUCUGGCAGAUCUGGCAACACUUCGACAGCGAAGAAAAAGGUUACAUAAGAGAGACAGAGCUGGACGCCUUCUUCGACCAUUUGCUGGCAAAAUCUGGCACGGAGGACGUGCUGAUACAAGAAAAUGUGCAGAAAGUGAAGCAACAGUUAACGGCCACCCACGGUGUCUCUAAAGAAGGUCGCAUACUGAUGAAAGAGCUGGCCAGUAUGUUCCUAUCUGAGGAUGAAAAUUUCCUCCUGUUCUUUCGCCUGGAAACUCCCUUGGAUAACAGCGUGGAGUUCAUGCAGAUUUGGCGCAAAUACGAUGCGGACAGCAGUGGCUUCAUAUCAGCUGCUGAACUUUGUAACUUUCUCCGAGACCUUUUCCUCCACCACAAAAAGGCUGUUUCUGAGGCUGAACUGGAGGAGUACACCAGCACCAUGAUGAAGAUCUUUGACAAAAACAAAGAUGGCCGUUUGGAUCUUAACGACUUGGCGAGGAUUCUGGCUCUUCAGGAGAACUUCCUUCUCCAAUUUAAAAUGGAUGCAUCGUCUACUGAAGAGAGGAAGAGGGACUUUGAGAAAAUCUUUGCCCAUUAUGAUGUUAGCAAAACUGGGGCCCUGGAAGGCCCCGAAGUGGAUGGAUUUGUCAAAGACAUGAUGGAGCUGGUCCAGCCCAGCAUCAGCGGCGUGGAUCUGGAUAAGUUCCGGGAGAUUCUGCUUCGCCAUUGUGAUGUCAACAAGGAUGGAAAGAUCCAGAAGUCUGAGCUGGCACUGUGUCUUGGGCUGAAAAUAAACCCCUGAUCCCUGAAUGCUCUACUCUCUGCUUAUGUGUCUGGGCUCUUGUGAGAAGUGUGCGCUUGACUCACACUUAGACCUAAUCAGCAAACCUUUUCAUUGAUGCUGUGGUACUCUUGGGCAGAGGGGGGACCCUAGGGUGUUGUUUCCAGAGGCAGCCAUGAUUCAGUCCCAUAGCAAGCCCCUAUGCAGCCUCUUCUGUCUUCCCUCCUUGACCUGUCUCCUCCAGAGCCGCAGUUUACCUGCUGAUUGUCUUUGCUCCACCUUCCCCUUCACCUGGUGGAUAGGGGUAGCCCAACCAACUACCUUUUGUUUGUCCUUGAGCUUUCUGCUCAGUUGGAUUGUUACCUGUGCUGUGCUGUCACUUCUACAAAUCUGUCUUCACGUGGGAAAAAAAUCUGUAGUCAAGAAUAAAGAUGUGUUUGAGUCAUAA